AUGGAAAAUUCUGGGCCCCACUUGGAGUUGUCUACUAAGUCUGAUUUGAUUACAGUAGUAAAACAAAAACGUCACCAAAGUGGAACCGUCACAAAAAUUCGCUCUUUCAGCAAAAGCGCAAACGACAAGAGUAAAACCAUCAAUAUAAAAGUCUUACAAAAUUCGAAGGAUUUAAGGGAACUAUCGACACAGAGUGCAACCAAAGCUUUAGACUUCAGUUUACAUCGAUCUAACCAUAAAGACGUCCACGUCGCCAAUGUUGUCUUUCCGACUUCGGGAACGAAUUGCCUGAAGCACAAAUCCGUACCUGGGAAGGGUCAUCGUUCUCGUGAUCAAGAGGAGGUACAUUCUCCUACCCGACAUCGUCCAAGUCCUUCGCCGCAUUCGACGAAACCAAAAGCGACACGCCCUUCUAAAACCCCUCAAGUCAACAAACCAAAAGGAGACAGUACAACUACAAGGAUCGCUGCCGAUAGAAAAACGGGUCAGUCGUGUCAAACGAAAGACGUUCGCAAUAAAUCCCGCCAAAUUGAAAAGUCGGAUAAAGAUUCGACUGUAAAGAAGGAUGCUAAAGCCAAACUGCACGAGAACAGUCGAAAGAAGCCUUCCAAACCGCCUCAAUUCCCAACAGAAGAUGACGUUAACUCGACAGCUAAGACUCUCAAGGCUCGUGGUUAUAUCUUAGAAGGUAGACCUGAUAUUAAACAAGAUUGUAAACUUGGAGAGGGGACCUACGCCAAGGUCAGAAGAGCAUACAGUUACAACGAAAGAUGCCGGGUCGCCAUCAAGAUCGUUUCUCGUUCCCGCCUCAACGCCCGCUUCCAGCAGAAAUUCCUUCCUCGAGAGCUGAAGAUCGUGCGGACCAUGCGGCACCCGCAUAUCAUUGAACUCCUGGAGAUGUUCGAAAGCAACGGAGUCAUCUUCCUCAUCAUGGAGUUGGCUAGGCAUGGGGAUCUUCUGGAGUAUGUCCAGAAGAAGAACGCCUUAAGGGAUUCCGAAGCAAGAACCGUCUUCAGUCAGAUCUUAUCAGCCAUAGAGCAUCUUCAUUUGCAUGGUGUCUUCCACAGAGAUCUGAAAUGUGAGAAUAUCCUUCUUGAUUGGGGGCCGACAGGGAUCAUGGCCAAAUUGACUGAUUUCGGGUUCGCGAGGGAGUGGUGCGAGGCUUUUAAACCCUGCUCGACUUUCUGUGGCAGUGCUGCAUAUGCUUCACCAGAGGUUCUUCAAGCAAUUCCUUACGAUCCGCACUGGGCAGACAUCUGGAGCUUGGGGGUUGUGCUUUAUAUCAUGAUCACAGGUAGAAUGCCAUUCGAUGACAGCAACAUCAGAGAGGCUCUUGAAGACAUGCACAACAACCGUCUCAAAUUCACUCGACGUCGUCUCAUCUGCAUCGAGGUCCAGCGCCUCCUCUGUGCCAUCUUGACGUACGACCCUCGUCAACGGCCAGGGGUCAAGGAGAUUCGGGACAGUCCAUGGAUGCGAGGUCGAUCCACAAUGGCCAAACCUUCGCCGAGGAUCUCGUCGAGCGUGGGAGGGGUUUAGGUGUUGGUUCAACUAAAUAUUGGCAUUCAUUUUGUUUACCUCUGAAAAUCAGCACAUGAAGAGCACCCUCUCUGAAAUCACUUCCUCCCAAGAUGCUCUAGUCAAGGAUGGAUGCCUAAUGCUCUGUGCGUGCUCGCAAGUACUGUAUAUACAUUUAUAAACAUGGGAUAAACUUUGCAAGUGAAGAUUGGGGAAGACAAUUUUUCAUAAAAUACAAGAUCUCUGAUGGCUACAAAGUACAAUUCUUGCAAGUACUUGGCCCCUAAAAGCCCCAGGACUAUAGAACAUCUGUUAUCAAGUAGAGCAUUUUUUUUGUUUAUCUGUGAAGCUGAAAAACAAUUAAAUUAGAAGAAAAUAUGAAUAUAAAUUCAAUAACUAAGUACUUUGUCAAAAAUAUAUUUCAGUCAAUACAUCUACAUUCUAAUUCAAAUAUGAGUCUUUCUCAUAUCUUUGAAAGAUUAGGAAGAAAUUAUAUUUUAGGUUUGAGAGAAACUUUUUAUUUGAUUUAAAGAAGCAACAAGGUCAAUACAAUCAGUUCACAUAUCAUUGUAUUAUUUUCUACAACUUUUGUAUACCCCCCCCAAAAAAAACAACAAAGCAGUAUUGUAAUAAAUAUAUAAUUUUUAUGUCAAAUUUCCUUCCCCUUAAUCUUAAUUUUAAAAUUUAUAUCACAUUGAUUGUAUUUCAUGAAUAGUCUGCUAUAGAUAUGUAUUAUUAUGUAUAAUUAUUUGUUUGGCUAUCAUCAGAUUUGUUAACUUUUCUCAAUGUAAAUUUGCAUACAAUAACUAUAAGCAAUAUAAUUUAUAUAGAUAUUGCAAAGGAAUAGUAAAAAACAAUACAGACUUUGAGAAAUAUAAUCAUAUUUAAUUGCCAACAACUUUCUUGAAAUACAAUAGUACAAUUCACAUGAUUGCAUUCAAUAAAAUAAGAGAAUAUUUAC